GUAAUGGAGAAGAAGACUGAUGCAGUGAAUGCAAGAAGCCCCAAUAGGAAGCUUGCACUGUUUUCGCUUCCAAGCCAGCCACCCGAGCCUGCGGGGAUGCUGACACCGCCGCGGCUGACGUCAGUGUCCGUUCCUUUCCAGUGGGAGGAGGCGCCGGGAAAGCCCCGACACUCCGGAGUCGGAGAUGGCGCAGAGCCCAAGGCCAAGUGCGCGAGAUCAUUGGAGCUGCCUCCGAGGUUGUUGGUGAAUGAUGCUAAAGUUACCAACAUGUCGUCCCCGACAACUGUGUUUGAUGGGCCUGAAGUGGGACGGACUCUGUCCUUUUCGUAUGCAUUGAGGAUCCCGAGCAAGGAGAUUAAGGGAGGCGGUACCGGCGGCGGAAGCGCGAGGUUUGGGUCUACAAGGUGGUCCGGGUUCAGGAAGAACAAGGAGGCCGGCGAGGGCAAGUUCGUGUUGUUGUCUACCGAUAAUGGCGGUGAUCGGACAAAGGUGAAAAUCACAAGGGUUAGAAGGAAGGCUAGCUUCUUCAAUGGUACUCAUCAAUCAAGGUCACACAUGUGGGCCAGCAUCUAUGAAAGCUUAAAGCAGGUGGUUUCAUGGAGACGCAGACAAGACAAACUGAGAAAAUCUUCAACUGUUGGAUAUGAACCUCAAAACUGUGUUCCAAUUCCCACUUGCUGAUCAAUUUGUGUAAAAUAUAGCAUAUAAGAAGAAACAGUCCUAAUAACCCAAGGCUUCAUCUCUAUGUAAUGAAGCAGC